AUGGUACCUACCAUCGCCGUCCCGGUAUGGGUUGGUCCCCUGGUAAAACGUCAAAAUUUCCUCGAUCCGAACAAUGACCCUAACAUUGGUUCUUCUCGAGGCAACGCGUCCUCGACGACUUCCGACGCCAUCGCGAAGCUCAGCGGCGUCAGUGAUUCAACCUCACUUUCGGCCCUUGUGACCACACUCCUACCCGCGCUGGUCAUCGCCUUGUUUUGGUUCGGUCUAUUCUUGAUAUGUCGACGUACGCAACUGCGUUGUGAACGAAGCCCCGAGUUGCCAAGGGGCUUCAUCAACUGGUUUGGGCAGUUUCUCAAGAUAUCUGAUGCGCAUGUUCUACAUUCGUCCUCAAUGGACGGAUACCUCUUUCUGCGAUUCCUUAGAGUGCUUUCUUCUACUUGUUUUACUGGUUGCCUCAUCACAUGGCCAAUCCUGAUCCCGAUACACGUCACCGGCGGUGCAGGAAACACUCAGCUAGACGCACUCAGCUUUAGCAAUGUAAAAGACCCGACCCGGUACUAUGCACAUGCUAUCAUGGCAUGCGUCCUAUUCACCUAUGUCUUCUACGUGGUCACUCGGGAGAGUCUCUUCUAUGCGAAUUUGCGCCAAGCAUAUCUCAAUUCCCCUGCCUAUGUUCGCCGCAUAUCAUCGCGAACGGUGCUGUUCAUGUCCGUGCCAGAAGACUACAAGAACGAGCCCAAGCUGCGGCAAGUGUUUGGUGAUUCCAUCCGAAAGAUCUGGAUCACUUCUGACUGCAAGGAGCUCAUGAAGAAAGUCAACAAACGGGACAAUUUUGCCUAUCGGUUGGAGAAAGCGGAGACCAACUUCAUUCGAGCAGCAAACUCAGCCCGUCUUAAGGCAUUCAGGAAUGGAGUGAUCACUUCGGACACGUGUUUGGACUGCGAAGGCGGGACGCAUAGCUGGCGGAAGAAGAUUCGCAGACCGGGUCACCGUGUGAAGUUGUUUGGACCCAGAGUCGACUCCAUCCAAUGGUUACGCGACGAGCUCGUGAAGGUAUCAAAGGAGGUAGAGGACCUUCAGGAACAGCACCAGAAUGGGGAAAUGAAGAAUCUUUCUGCGCUGUUCAUAGAAUUCAACACCCAGUCCGAUGCGCAGAUCGCCCUACAGACGCUCUCCCAUCACCAACCGCUCCAUAUGACGCCUCGUUUCAUUGGUAUCUCUCCUAAAGAGGUCGUCUGGUCUAGUUUGAAUCUCAGCUGGUGGCAGCGCAUUGUGCGCAAAUUCGCGGUCCAGGGUGGAAUUGCUGCCUUGGUUAUCUUCUGGUCCAUCCCCGCCGCUGCUGUUGGGGCGAUCUCGAACAUCACCUACCUCACCAAACUUCUACCCUUCUUGCGCUUCAUUGACAAGCUGCCUUCAGCACUGAAAGGAGUGAUUGCAGGACUGCUACCGUCCGCAGCUCUGGUCCUUCUCAUGUCAUUGGUUCCGAUCAUCUGUCGUUUCCUCGCCAGACGAGCAGGUGCCCCGUCGACAGCCCAUGUAGAGCUCUUCACACAGAGCGCGCACUUUUGCUUCCAGGUCGUACAAGUCUUCCUUGUGACAACCCUGACAUCGGCAGCGUCUGCCGCAACAGCCCAAAUCAUCAAGAACCCUCUGUCGGCCAAGGAUCUUCUCGCACAGAACCUACCCAAAGCCACCAACUUCUACAUAUCAUACUUUCUGCUCCAGGGCUUAACAAUGAGCUCGAUGGCACUGGUGCAGGUCGCCGGCGUCAUUAUAUUCAAAUUCAUGAGUACCUUUUUCGACCGCUCCCCACGCCUCCUCUACCAGCGCUGGGCAGCCCUCAGCGGCAUCGGCUGGGGGAACGUGUUCCCCGCGUUCACCAACAUGGGAGUCAUCGGCCUCUACCUCGUCUACCAAGCCUACCGCUACAACUUCCUCUUCGUCUACGACAUCGGAACAGACACAAAGGGCCUCGUCUACCCGCGCGCCCUCCAGCAUCUCCUAACAGGCAUCUACCUCGCCGACAUCUGCAUGAUCGGUCUCUUCGCCAUCCGCGCCGCCAUCGGCCCCCUAAUCAUCAUGGCCCUCUUCACCAUCCUCACCGUGCUAGCACACAUGUCCCUCAACGAGGCCCUAGCCCCGCUCUACACCUUCCUUCCCCGCACCCUCGACACUGAAGAGGAAGAGCAGCAGUCGAAAGAAGAGGAGACGCAGGCCCUCCUGCAGCAUCCCCGCAACCGCUGGGAGGCAGCCUGGAAGUGGUUCCACCCGAACCUGUACAGUGACUACGCGGCGCUGCGGCGGAAAGUGCGCCGAGACCAUGUCGAGAUCAGGUACUCCGAGGCGGAGGAGCGGAAUGCGUACUUCGAGCCGUGUAUUUGGGCGCGCACGCCGACGCUGUGGAUUCCCAGGGACAAAUGGGGUUUUAGUCAUCGGGAGGUGCUUGAGACGCAUCCCGCCAUUCCGAUCACGGAUGAGGGGGCGCAUCUGGACGAGAAAAAUAAGAUUGUUUGGGAUAAGUAUGAUCCGAGCCUUCCGCUUUGGGAGCUGAAGGUUCUGUAUUGA